GUGCAACGACGACUGGACCGGCACCAAGUGCGAUCAGAAGCCCUGCGACCCCCGCUGCGCGGAGCACGGCCAGUGCAAGAACGGCACCUGCGUGUGCAGCCAAGGAUGGAACGGAAGGCACUGCACCCUUCCCGGAUGCGAGAACGGGUGCAGCCGGCACGGGACCUGCACCUUGCUGGACGGCGAGUACAGUUGCAACUGCUCGAUCGGCUGGGCGGGUAGAGAUUGCAGCAUACGCCUUGAAAUGGAGUGUAAUGAUUUCAUUGACAAUGAUCAGGAUGGCAUGACGGACUGUUCUGACAGCGAGUGUUGCUCGCACACAGCUUGCGAAGAGCAUAUCAUGUGCCUUACUAGUAAUAAUCCCGUGGACGUGCUUCUACGCAAACAGCCGCCCAGCGUCACGGCGUCGUUUUACCAGCGCGUGAAAUUCCUCGUCGAGGAGAACAGCGUACAAAGCUACGCUCACAUGAACGAGUUCUCCGAAAGGUAAGAUCGAUCACUUCUUCUUAUUCGGUUUACCAUGAUUAUAAUAUUAUAUAUUAUAUAUAGAACGCUUAGUACCUUAUUUUUACAAAGAGUAAGAGGUUAAUAUAUAGGAGAGCGAGCCAGUCCUUGCUUAGGCCAUUUUUCGAAAUUUCUAACUGAAGCUUCAUUCGAGAGACAUUCGAUACUUGAACG